CGUCCGCACUCCACCGGCCCACUUCACGGUGCGCGCACUCCGAACGAACGCUGUCGCCGCCGCCACCGACUGCUGCGUCGUAGUGUAGUGUCGUCCUCGUGACUUUUCCCCCGCGCGCGUUUUUUCGUUGCGUCGCCGUCGUCGUCACAUAUCGUCAGUUACUCAGUUCAGUUGCGGCGCAAUUAGUGUGCACUUGUGACGCUCGCGUUCCGUAGCGCAUUUCUGUCUGUUGUGUGUCCGCGAUUUAAUAUUGUUAAAAUAAUGUGUACAUGUAUACAGUUCAACAUAUUUUAAACACAUACACCGAGUAUAAUAUAUGUACGAUGUGUAUAUAAUUAUUACCUUUCGUGUUUGAACAAUUGAAACGAUUUUUUUUUUUUUUUGAACGUUUUUAAUUUUUUAUUGUAAAUAUUUGGUUUCCCUCUGUUUACACUCUUAUCGGCGUUGGGUGUAUAAUACGUUAACCGGUUUCACGUGGAAGUUUUUUUUUUUAUACAAGUGCGUAUUCUAUCCGUCGUAUUAAAAAAGGAAAAAAAACGUUCGUCUUGAAAGCCAUGGAAUACGGUUUGGAACCGCUGCAGAGGGCCAGAUCCAACACUUGGCCCUUGCCCAGACCGGAUGCCGAGGACGGCGGGUCCCAGAUGCCCGAGGGCAGUCCCCCGCAGUUGUUGGACAUUGUCGCAGACGUGGGCGGAAGCGUAGGAGGAAACGGUAGUAGUGAUGGUGCGAUUGGCGGCGUGCCGUCCGGAACUGGGCUGCACCCGCCGCAACAGCAGCAGGGCGGCGGUAUGGUCGCUGGCCCGGUGAAGAAGACGUCGAGCCGGCGAAACGCAUGGGGUAAUCAGUCGUACGCGGAUCUCAUCACGCAGGCCAUUAGUUCGGUACCGGAACAGCGGCUCACGUUGUCCCAGAUCUAUGAGUGGAUGGUGCAGAACGUACCGUAUUUCAAGGACAAGGGCGACAGCAACAGUUCCGCAGGAUGGAAGAACUCUAUACGUCACAAUCUGUCACUUCACAGUCGGUUCGAAAAGAUCCAAAACGAGGGCACUGGCAAGUCGUCAUGGUGGCAGAUCAACCACAACGCGAGCCGGACGACCGGAAAAUCCAGGCGCCGUGCCACGUCCAUGGAGACACCCAAAUUCGAGAAAAGACGUGGGCGCGUGAAGAAGGUUGUCGAGGCCAUUCGCAACGGUUUGCAUCCCGAAAACACACCUAGUCCUAGCUCUUCGAUUUCUGAAAACUCCGACAUGAUACCUGUGUCACCCCUCAGGGGAUUCCAAUUCAGUCCCGACUUCAGAGCACGGGCUUCGUCAAACGCUUCAUCCACCGGCCGUCUAUCACCAAUAUUCAGUGAGCAGCUCAGCACCGCCGACUACGGCCUGGACUCGGUGGCAGAACAGGGUCAGGCCGAUCAGCUAGCCGGGUCGCUGGCGCAGACCGUCCGGCUCUCUCAACCGCUACAGACGCUCGAAAGCUAUAGAGACGUAUUCUUGGAUAACCGUCCACCCCCGCCGCCGUACAGUAGCUUAUCGAUUCAGUCGUGUCCUAUCCACGGUUACCAAGGGUGUUCGUGUUUCAACCUCAACCAGCUCGAGAACGCUUAUAUAAAACAGGAGUGUAUAUCGUUUGACAACAUGUUGAACGACCAGCAGGAUGACAACAUGUCGGCCACUGUGGUUGGACAAAUUAUGGGCUCAUCACAUCUGUCGUUCGACGAGCUCAACAUCAACUUGGAUAAAUUCCCGCCUGUAGAGUGCAACGUGGACGAAGUGAUCAGCCAUGAAGUUAGUCUAGGCGGCUGCUUGGACUUUAACAACUUCAAUCCACCGGCACAACCGCAACCGUCGGUAGCCACUACGCAGACACUGGCAUCCGUCAGCCACGACCAAUCGUCGUUUAGCUCCGGACACCAUUGGGUCCAUUAAAAAGUUGAAACGAUUGUGUGUGUUCUAUUGGAAAAUUUAAAGACAAGUCUAUGAAAAUGUUUUAAUUAUGUUGCCCAGUAAAUUCAUGUUAAUUUUCGAUGUUUUAAUCAUAUUAAAAUAUAAAUAUUAUUAUUUAAUUAUAUAUACAUAAAAAAAAAAAUGUGUUCGUUUUAAAGUAACAACUAUUUUAUACAUUCUACAACUAUACACAUAUUAUUUGCUAUGUUAAGUUAAUAUUAUAUUUUAUUAUAUGUACAUGUGGAAAUAUAUUACUUGUAUUUACUUGUAUAAACAUACAUAUUAUACAAUAUAUAAUUUGUUAAAAUUAGUCUCUAAUAUUUGUUGUAGUUUUAAGAAUUCAUGUAAUAAUUAUGUAUUGUUAUUUAGAUCAUUCAAUGUUAAACUUAAUCAUUAAAAAAUAUGUUUCGAGUUAGCUUCUUAUAACUUAAGCGAUUCCAGGUGUUAACUGUAAUCAAAAAUCUUAAGUUAACUUUUUAGUUUAAGUAUUGCAAAUAGGUUUGCUCUGCAAAAAAAAAUUGCUUGUAGCCCACAUCCACAUUAUUAUUAAUUUAUGCGUAGAUACAUAUGUUUGAUUAACAAAAAUGUCGGCUACACUCUUAUGUUUGAAAUUCAAGGACAAUUUCCAUUUACUUACUCAGAAUUAUAUAUUUAUACUUUAUUUGAGUUAAUCUUGUUUAAUAUACAUAAACAGGCACACAUAUAUGAAUGUGCAUGCAUGAUCACGUAUGUGUAUGUAUUGUGUGUGUAUAUAUAUAAGUGUGUAUGUUAUUAUGUUAUCACUUAUCUUAAAGUGCUGAGUAAUAAAGACUGAUUGUCUUUGAAAUGAUUGGAUUUUUCUUUUAUUAUUAUUUUGUUAUUGUUUAUUGUGUAUAAAAAAAAUAUCAAUGGAAAGUAUUUGCUAGUAAAAAUGUUUAUUUUCAUCAAACAAACUAAAAUUAAUUAAAAGAAUAAAAAAUUAUUUUACAUUUUUGUGCCAUAAAUAUUAUAAUAAACAUAUUUUCACAUGACAGUGUAAGUAUUUACUAUUUUUUAUAACUGUGCAACAAAAAAUAUUUAAUGUUAAUAUUUGUAUGUAUACAUGCAUACUUAUAUUUAUAUUUUUUGUUCAUUUAACUCAUUUAAAUGAAUAUGCCAGUGCCUUUGAUCUCAAAAAGAUAUACCUCCAAAACAAAAACGUAAAUAACAUUUUCAAAUAUGAGUAGCUUUUGUGUUUAAAUAUGAAUACAUAUAUAUGUAUGAAUUUAUUUUAACUUAUAUAUUAUAUUUAUUUUAAUUAUAAUACACACAUUACAUAUAAAUGUUAAGGUAAUUGGAUGUAAAAAAUAACUUUUUUUUGUAAAUAUGACAAAAAAGUGUAGAAGUUUGUUUGAUUGUUUUUUUUUUUGCACAAAAUUAUUGUUAUCCGUACAAGCUCAAUGUGUAUAAAUCAAUUUUAGUGUGCUUAAAUAAAUGUGAUAAGCUUAUUUUUGGGGAACUAUAUUGUACAAGGUAUAAGAUGAUGAUUUUUUCUAUAGACGCUAAUGAAGUGAUAAAUAGAAUAAAUUUGUUUUAGCGAUUCUAACUUUUAAUAAUUGAUUAUUAUUAUAUUAUUAUGAAAUAUGAUUAUUACUAUAUUAUUUAUUAUCUACUAAAAACAACAAAUGUAAAUAUGAAAACGUAUUUUAAACGUAAAUUUACUGAUGUUGCUUCUUUUUAAUGUGUCAAUUUAAUACGGAUUAUUUAUUGUUAUGGAUUUACGGAUAAUUUGAAUAUAUUUGACAACUGUUUUGUAUUUUAUUUCUUAUGUAUUUAACUUUUCAUAAAAUAGUGUAAAUGUUGAUAAAUAAUAAAGCAAACUGCCUUUA